CGAACCUUUCGUAGCGUAUCACUUAUUUAUUAGUAGGUGUUUGUUAUUAGUGUUGUGCUGAAUUAAGUUUUAAGCCCCAUAUUUAGGCAAAUGGCCUGCAAAACUAUGAAGACGUCAACAACGCUCAUCCUGCUGCUCCACUUAUCUCUGCACACGGUUGAUGAAGGGCACGCCGUGAAUCCGAGUUGUUCCUGCCUCCGCUUCACCUCUACCUACGGCAAAGAGCGCGGCACAUUCAGCAGUCCCGACUACCCGCGCCCGUACCCGCCGCGGAUUGACUGUCUGCUGUACACCUUCUUAGCGGCGCCUCACGAGAUCGUCGAGAUAGUGUUCACUGACUUCGACAUCUACAAGGAGCAUCUUGAAUGCACUCGAGGGGACCACCUCAAAGUCUACUCCGAAGGUGGGACGCACGGACCAGGUCCUCCCGGAGUCAACGAGUAUUCGGCCUGGUCCAGAGCCAUCUGCGGGAACAGAGUUGAUGCACCACCAGCCUUGUACUCACAUGGACCGCUUCUAGUGCUGGAGUUCCACACUGGGUCGAAGAUAUCCAAUGCGACUGGAUUCGUGGGCACCUAUAGAUUUAUAGAUAGACGUAACUUCGAAACAGACGGAGUGCAAGUGCCAGAGACCUGGUGCGACUAUGUCUUCCACUCACAGCCGAAUCGACCAGCUCAUGGACGUCUGUACAGUCCUCGGUACCCUUCGAGCUACCCCAGCAAUAUACGGUGCAACUACCAUUUUAAUGCCAGACAACACGAAAGGAUCAAACUACUUUUCGAGGAAUCGUUUCUUCAAAAAGGCGAUGAAAGUUGCCUAAAUCGGGCUGAUAUAAUUAAAGUGUUUGAUGGAAGACUAGCCACCGCUCCAGUUUUGGCCAUGAUCUGCAAUGAAGUCAUAGGCUACGAGGUGCUAUCAAGCGGGCCAGAUCUCUUAGUGCAGUUCACAGCUAACUCCAACACGCCUGGUCAGGGUUUCAAGGCCAGCUACCAGUUCCAGAUGGACGACUCAUCUAGCACAGAUCCAGAUAUUAGAAAAUCCAGUACGACAGAAGCAAUAUCCGGGCUGGGUCCGGCAGUCAGCGCUGCGACGUCGUCCUGCGAUCAAGUAUUCAGCAGCGAUAAAAGCAAGAGUGGGAAGGUGACGUCACCACUCUAUCCGAAGCCGUAUUUGCCGAAGACGCAGUGUCAUUACGACUUCUUGGCGAGGGGCAGAGAGAGAGUCAGACUGGUGUUCGAAGACUUCAGUUUGCAGAGGGUGACUGAAAAUAUUAUUGACUGCGAGAGCAUGGACUCGCUAGACAUAUUUUUGUAUGUAGAUGGCCGACUUGAGAAGAUGAUAUCAUUUUGUGGCAGUGAGCUGCCGAAACCAAUCAUGUCGAACGGACCAAAAUUGUCUAUCGAAUUUCGAGGGAUGUUCUCCUCGAGACAUAGUAGGGGGUUUAAGAUAGCUUAUUCUUAUGUUGAAGAUUACGGUAUAACAACUGGGAACCAACUAUUAGAAUUUCCAUGUGCCUUUGUAUACAAUAGCAGCGAGAGGCCUAGAGGGGUGAUGACGUCACCGAACUACCCCGGUCUCUAUCCACGGGAUACGGAGUGCAAUUACUUCUUCUAUGGCCACGAGAAUGAGAAGGUUCAUCUACACUUUACGCAUUUUGACGUGGAAGGGGUUUUACCAUGCGAAGCAGUCUCAGCGAGUGACUACGUGCAGUUCUCCAGUCAAAUGCUUGACUCUGACAGCAAUAGACACUGCGGUCUCCUCAGAGACCUGCGGGUAACUUCUGAGAAGAACUCCCUGAGGGUCACCUUCAGGUCCAACGACCGGUUGGACGGCACAGGGUUCAAGGCUGACUACAUCUUCUUGAGGGACUCUGAAAUGCAUAGCAUGACUAUGCCGGAUUCUGUUGAAAGCAGUUCUACGCAUCAUGCGCCCGCGCUGGUGUUCCUGACUUUCCUAUUCGACCUCGUUCUGGCGAUCAGAUAAUCAAGUGUUUGUUGCUGAAA